UUUUAAUUUUUAUUUUAAUGACUAGUUUGCUGGCGAACUAACAAAAUAUGCAAAUGCGCAAAGUUAUACAUUUUUGAAAAAAAAAUCGAUUUAAUUGAUAUAUUUUCGAAGUUGCAGAAUCAAAUUUGAGCUACCUGCUGCCGUAUUUUCACACAGUAACAACAACAGCAGCAGCAGCAAUGGCAGCCGGGCAGUGGGACACAUGUCACAAAAAUCUGUGAGCCGGAAAACACUUGUGCUCGGGCCGAGAGGAGAUACGUAGUCAAAAUGUCUCGGCACAGAAAUGUCCGAGGGUACAACUACGAUGAAGACUUUGAAGAUGAUGAUAUAUAUGGGCAGUCGGUGGAUGAUGACUACUGUAUAUCACCAGCAACAGCGAAUCAGUUCAUCUACUCACGUCAAGAGAGGCAUGCACCAAAGGAGGAACCUUUAGAAGAGGAACAAUAUGGAGAUGAGGAUGUGCCUGUGUCUCCUACCAUCAGCCACAACCUUGACCCUCUUGAUCAAGCAAAGCUGUAUUCCUGUCUGGACCAUAUGCGGACAGUGCUGGGCGAUGCAGUACCAGACUCGGUCCUAACCCAGGCAGCCAUGACAUAUGGAUUUGACCCACAGAGGGCCCUGGAUGCAGUCCUGUCUGAAGACACUACUAAAACAGCCCCCGUUUCCAGAAACACCAAUGCAGAGACGGCAUCAGUUGCAAGAGUUAGCCAGGAGAAGGAACCGCUUCCACAGAGAACCAAACAAGAGGCCGUGGCUGAGAAAGCUAAAAGCAGAGAUGUCUUACACAGUAAACUAGACUCUGAGGUUGUACCCAAAGUGGCUCGCAUGACUGUCUCUGGCAAGAAGCAGACCAUGGGCUUUGAUGUUCCAAGCACAGCGGAAAACGGUGUUGUCACUACUUCAGGACGCAGAGGCGGCAGCCCUGAAAAUGCCACAGUAACACCCGCCACAGAGGCCACAUCCAAGCGUCCUGAGACACCAUCCAAAGGGUCAAAUGGUGAUGAGACUUCCACUGCUCCCACUCCUGGCCGCUCCUCUGGAAAGGCCCGGCAGGCGAUCAGUAUUAAAGCUGAGCUGGAGAAGAGGCAGGGGGGCAAACCUCUGUUAAAUUUGGUGGUUAUAGGUCAUGUGGAUGCAGGUAAAAGCACACUGAUGGGCCACCUCCUUUAUCUGCUGGGCAACGUCAACAAACGCACCAUGCACAAGUAUGAGCAGGAGUCAAAGAAGGCAGGAAAGGCCUCUUUUGCUUAUGCUUGGGUUCUGGAUGAAACUGGCGAGGAGAGGGACAGAGGUGUGACAAUGGAUGUGGGCAUGACCAAGUUUGUGACCAACUCUAAAGUGGUGACACUGAUGGAUGCACCAGGACACAAAGACUUCAUCCCCAAUAUGAUUACAGGAGCUGCACAGGCUGACGUGGCGGUGCUCGUUGUGGAUGCCAGCAGAGGAGAGUUUGAGGCAGGUUUCGAAGCAGGCGGCCAGACCAGAGAACAUGCCCUGUUGGUGCGCUCGCUGGGCGUCACACAGCUAGCUGUGGCUGUCAACAAGAUGGACCAGGUAAGCUGGCAACAAGAGCGUUUCCAAGAAAUCAUUUCCAAACUUGGCCAUUUUCUCAAGCAGGCGGGAUUCAAAGAGUCUGAUGUUUUCUACAUCCCCACCAGCGGCCUGUCGGGAGAAAACCUGGCCACCAGGAGUUCACUGUCACAACUCACCUCUUGGUACUCUGGACCCAGCCUCCUGGAGCAGAUUGAUGCCUUCAAAGCCCCUCAGAGAUCUGUAGAAAAACCUUUCAGACUGUGCGUCUCUGAUGUGUUCAAAGACCAGGGUUCCGGCUUCUGCGUCACAGGGAAAAUCGAGGCUGGUUACAUUCAGACUGGAGACAGAAUAUUGGCUAUGCCUCCCAAUGAAACCUGCACCGUCAAGGGAAUUACUCUCCAUAACGAGGCCCUGGACUGGGCUGCAGCAGGAGACCAUGUCAGCCUGACGGUCACUGGGAUGGAUAUCAUCAAGAUCAAUGUGGGCUGUGUGUUCUGUGAUCCCAAGGAUCCUAUUCGAGUCUGUACUCGAUUCAGAGCCCGAAUCCUCCUCUUCAAUAUCGAAGUCCCUGUCACACAAGGAUUUCCAGUGUUGUUGCAUUACCAGACAGUCAGCGAGCCGGCCACCAUUAGAAAACUUAUCAGCGUUCUACACAAGAGCAGUGGUGAAGUCCUCAAGAAGAAACCAAAGUGUUUGAGUAAGGGUAUGAAUGCCAUCGUGGAGAUCCAGACCCAGAGGCCAGUGUCAUUAGAGCUGUACAAAGACUACAAGGAGCUGGGCCGCUUCAUGCUGCGAUAUGUAGGCUCCACCAUUGCUGCAGGGGUUGUCACCGAGAUCAAAGAAUGAAUGUCACGCAGAGCUGGUCAGACUUUGCACUGGAGACUGCAUGCAGCCAGAGACAAAGUGCAAUUCCUCAAAGAGAUGUCACUCAUGGACUGAGAACAUCGCAUUCAUCCAUCCAUCUUUCCAUCCAGCACAGCUGCCACUACACCUGACUGCUCUGAUCAGUACUAACUAGACAGAUACAGCCAUGAACUGAGCUCACAGUGCAUCCAGCAGCUCUGACACCCUGAUAUGGUGACGUCGAGCACCCAGCUAGCCCCACUUCACAUUUCUCCCUUACUUUCUUUAAAAGUUAAUGUGAGCAUUCAGCUUCCAGUUUACAUAACAACCAUUUUCCAUAAUACGGCGCUCCCAAUCAAAACUGUUGACCUGAAGUGACUAAUUUUGAACUCACAAAUGAAUGUUGUGUUAUGUGGGAUUUGAAGGCAAAUGUUUAUUAUUUUUACCAUAAAUAUGUUUCUAUCUCAAAUUACAUAGCUAAGAGGACAAGGUCUACAAAGACAUUUAAAUGUUUACUCUAACCACGCUAGAGUAGCCUGUGAACAAAUAAGGGAAACUAAAAUUUCCACUUCCAUUUGGAGAGCAAGUUCUUAUUUAUGUUAACAAAAUACACAUUACUUGAAAUGCUUCUAAAAAACUUUUCAGUAAGGCAGCAAAAUGCUUUUUGAAGGGCUGACUUUUCUUCUAACAAAGUAAGACCGGGCUGAAUAGAGCACGGAGUUCACAGGAACUGUAUCUCUGUUUCUCCAUGUGUUGAACCGGGUGUGUUGGUGACGAUGGUGUGAAGAAAGAUGAACAUGAUAUCAGUAA